AUGUCGACGGCAGGAUUCCCACAUAGAUUUCUUAGCAAAAUUAAGAAAAAGACUUCAAAUGAUAACAUAAAGUCGAAUGACAACCUUGGAGGGCAUGGCAUUCCCAGAACAAAGCCUUUCAAAUCAUAUGACAACAAGAAGCAAUCUGAGGAAGCACGAAAUGGCACUAAGCCCACACCAAAACGUUUAACAGACGCCUUGAAGUCAACAUUAACUCCAGCAAGGACAACACAGAGAUCGAAUACAACGACUACUCGAAAGCCGCUACUACGAAAUGGAGACAAGCAACCAGAUAUAAAACAUUGGACUUUAGAAGACUUUGAGAUUGCUAGGGAUUUAGGAAAAGGCAAUUUUGGCAGCGUUUUUCUUGCAAGAGAGAAAUCAAGAAAAAUAAUUGUUGCGCUCAAGGUCAUGUACAAGCAGCAAAUAAAGGAUAUGGGCAUUCAGAAGCAACUAGAACGUGAGAUCGAUAUCCAGGGCCAUCUGAGACAUCCCAAUAUACUAGGUCUUUAUGGAUACUUUCAUGAUGACAGCCGCAUUUUCAUCAUACUCGAGUACGCAGCGAAUGGCGCCCUGUAUGAUGAGCUACGAAAAAGAAUCAGAUUCACAGAGGAAGAGGCAGCAAAGUACAUUGCACAAAUGGUCGAUGCUUUGGCAUAUUUACACAAUAACCAAGUCAUUCACCGUGAUAUCAAACCAGAAAACCUCAUGUUGGGCCGCAAUGGCGAAAUCAAAAUAGGGGAUUUCGGAUGGUCAGUGAGGACUGAGAGACUCAAUAAUAGGAGAGGCACUUUAUGCGGCACGUUGGAUUACUUGCCUCCUGAGAUGGUAGAAGGAAGAGUGCAUGAUAAAAACGUAGACAUUUGGUCCCUAGGCAUUCUGCUGUAUGAACUGAUUGUCGGUAGCCCACCAUUCGAGGAGAAACAGGCUGAAAAUGACGAUGUGAGCAGUGCGAUUACUUAUGAGCGCAUUCGAAAUGUGGAACUCCACUUUCCAAAGUAUGUCAGUAAGGAUGCAGCCGAUCUCAUCAGCAAGCUUCUCAAAUACAACUCUGGAGACCGUUUGCCGCUAAGGAACAUUAUGCACCACCCUUUUAUUGUCAAGAAUCUACAAGAAACUUAG